AUGACAGACAUCCUAGAUGAUCAGGUCGAAGAGCUGCUGCGCAAGGCUGAGCAGCGCCUGAAAAAUGGCCCUGCUUCAAGCAUCGCAUCCACAACUUCUACUGCUGUAGUCCCAACCGUUGCUGGUGACCUUGUCGCAGAUGCGAAGCAGCAAAAAACUUCCGACAGCAGCAGCAAGAAAGAUGGCCUGACUGUUCGAGCACCACCCCAACCGCUCUCGGGACUUAAGGUCAAAGAAAAGUCUACCGCAGGUUCCGACUGGUUCGAUCUUCCCAAGACGAACAUGACCCCCGAGUUCAAGCGGGAGUGGCAAGCCCUCCGUAUGCGAGGCAUUCUGGACCCUAAGCACCAGAAGAAGUCCCUCCGCGCGAGCGCCCCCGAAUACUCCCAGGUCGGUGAGAUCAUUGCCGGACCUACAGAAUUCUUCAGCGCUAGAUUGACGCGCAAGGAGAGGAAGGGAACCAUGCUGGAGGAGAUCACACGUGGCAUUGAUAACCACAAGUUCACCGACAAGUACGCUGGUAUCCAGAAGCAAAAGACCAGCGGAAAGAAGGCGUUCUAUAAGGGCGUAGUCGCGCAACGUCGCAAACGUAAUUAA